AUGUCACACAAAAAUCACCAUAGAGAUCCGGCAUCCAAUCAGCUCCUAAACUUUGCAAAAGAACAUGAGGAUAAAAAGGACUCAAUAACAACAAAUGGAGGCAAUCCGGUCGGUUAUAAAGACGCCAGUUUGACAGUCGGAUAUCAUGGGCCUAUUUUGCUUCAAGAUAUUUGGUUACUUGACGAAAUGAGUCAUUUUACCAAAGAGCGUAAUCCAGAAAGAGUAGUCCACGCCAGAGGUGCAGGAGCGUUUGGUUAUUUUGAAGUUACUCACGAUAUAACGAAAUACACGGCAGCCAAGCCAUUUGCUCAUAUUGGAAAAAAGACGCCAAUCGCAAUCAGAUUCUCAACAGUGGCUGGAGAACGUGGAUAUGCUGAUACCGUUCGAGAUGUAAGAGGAUUUGCAAUCAAGUUCUACACAGAGGACGGUAUUUGGGAUUUAGUUGGAAAUAACACACCAAUAUUUUUCAUCAAAGAUGGAGCGUUAUUCCCGAGUUUCAUUCACAUCAUGAAAAGAAAUCCAGUAACAAACAUUCGUCCAGAUUACGAUAUGUUUUUCGACAUGAUAUCUCUUAGACCAGAAACGACACAUCAAACCUUAAUUACUUUCUCCGACAGAGGUCUGCCGAGAUCUUUCAGGCAUAUGCACGGGUACGGCUCACACACUUACGGAUUUGUGAAUGAAGAAGGAAAAUUCAAUUGGGUGAAAUUUCACUUUGUUACCAAUCAAGGAAUUCAAAACAUGUCUGCUGAAGAAGCUCAAAAGCUCGCUGGUGAAGAUCCCGAUUACCACACGAGAGAUCUCUACAACGCCAUCGCCAAGGGUGAUUAUCCUUCGUGGAACAUGUAUAUCCAAAUUAUGACCCCCGAACAGGCUGCCAAAAACCCUUACGAUCCUUUCGACUUAACCAAAGUUUGGUUGCACGCUGACUAUCCGCUGAUCCCAGUUGGAAGGAUCGUGCUCAACAAGAAUCCAAGUAAUUAUUAUGCAGAAAUUGAGCAGAUUGCAAUGGACGUCGCGAAUAUGAUUCCAGGUAUCGAGCCGUCCCCAGACAGGAUGCUUCAACUACGUCUCUUCGCUUACAGAGAUACCCAUCAAUAUCGCUUAGGGCCCAAUUAUCGGCAGUUACCAGUAAAUAGUCCGGAAAAAGUGAGUAACUUUUCGAGAGACGGAUAUGGUACUGUUAACAGUCAAGGUGGGGCCCCUAAUUAUCACCCAAAUAGUUUUUGUGGGCCUGAAAAUGAUGAAAGGGCACAUGAUCUAACCCCUACUAUUCCUUUACACGGAGAUGCUAAGAGAAUCGACAGUGGUGACGACGACAAUUAUACGCAAGCACGUUUGUUAUGGCAAAGAGUGUUGAAGGACGACGAGAGAGAAAGACUUGUUACCAACUUGGCAGACUGGUUGAAGAGGACCACCACGAAGAUCCAAAAUCGGGCUAUUAAAAAUUUCGCUCAAGUUGACCCCGAGCUAGGGAUAAAGUUACGGGAGGUUCUCAAUGCCGACGAAGAAUUCCAUGUGGAACUCUAAAGUCGAAAAUAGACCAUUUACUUUUUUUACCCAUCUUUGCUAAUUGAUAACGUCAGAAUUGAAAUUCAUAAAGAUUUAGAUUAUGUAUUGAACGAUCGAUUAGAUGAAAAACAACUAAGCUUAAGUUUGCACAAUCUAUAUUCUAAAUAGCAACAUUUACUUGUUUGUACCUACAGUUUGUACC